AUUUCCCCUCUAUAAAUGGAGACCAAAUCAUGUAGUAAUACACACACCAAAACCAACACACUCAUCAUCAUCAUCAUCAUCAUCAUCAUCAUGAGUUCUUCAUCAGUUCUCUCUUUCUCAUCUCUGUUUCCAGCAAUGGAGUUUUCCAUCUCUCUCCAACUACUCUUGCUUUCUCUCUCUAUAGUGUCUAUCUUCUUCUACUACAAGCCCACCUCCAAAAAAACCAACAAAAGCAGCACCAAAGUCCACACUCUUUUCGGAGUCCUACCGGAGCUCUUGAAAAACAGCCACAGAUUUUUGGAAUGGGCCUCCGAAAAGCUCAUCAGCUCACCCACCAACACAGCCGUCCUCCGCCUCCCCGGAGGACUCCAGGGCGUCAUGACGGCGAACCCUUCCUGCGUUGAGCACAUACUGAAGGACAACUUCGAAAACUACCCCAAAGGAGACGUCUUCAACACCUACUUCUUGGACUUCUUCGGCGGAGGACUGUUCACCUCCGACGGCGAGGUCUGGAAGGUCAACCGGAAGGUGGCGAACCACGCGCUGAACACCAAGUCUUACAGAAGCUUCAUGAUGAACAAUGUGGCCGGCGAGCUCGAAACUAAGUUGGUUCCCAUUUUGGAAAAUGCUUCGAAAACGGGUGAAGUUUUUGACUUGGAACAUGUUUUGGAGCGGUUUGGGUUCGAUAAUGUGUUCAAGGUGGCUUUUGGGUUCGAGCUUGGUUGUCUCGAGGGUGAUGGAAGUGUCAUUGGCUAUGAGUUCUUGAGAGCUUAUGAAGAUGCCACCAAAAUUAGCACCCUCAGGUCCAUGUACCCGGCGUUUUGGUGGAAGACAAAGAGGUUUCUCAACGUCGGUUCAGAAAAACGCCUCAAAGAAGCAACGAAAACACUCCAAGGAUUCGUCGACAACAUCGUACAGACGAGAAUCAAGGGCACCAAAACCAGACCAGAAGGAGGAGUACCCGAUUUGCUGGACCGAUUAAUGGCCAUGCACGACAACGAUGGAAACUACUACUCCGCCGAGUUUCACCGCAACAUGACAAUCGGAGUCAUCCUCGCGGCGCAAGACACCACAGUCUCAGCCCUAACUUGGUUCUUCUGGCUCGUAGCGACCAGGCCAGAAAUCCAGAACGCCAUCGUCAAAGAACUCGAGUCGAUUCGGGGUCGAAGAGAGCCCCAAAACAAGCACGACUUUUCGUACAGUUACGAAGAGAUCCGAGACAUGAACUAUUUGCAGGCUGCGAUAUCGGAAUCCAUGAGGCUCUACCCGCCGGCGCCGACCACGUCGAGGAGCUGUGCCGACGACGACGUUUUCCCAGAUGGGACUUUUGUGAAGAAGGGUUCGGUGGUGAUUUACAAUGCUUACGCCAUGGGGAGAAUGGAGAGCCUUUGGGGUGAGACUUGGGCUGAGUUUAGACCCGAGCGGUGGCUAGGGCAAGAUGGCGUGUUCAAGCCUGAUAAUCCGUACAAGUAUCCGAUAUUCAACGCUGGCCCUAGAAUGUGCGUUGGAAUAGAUAUUGGUUAUAUUCAGAUGAAAUAUAUUGCUGCUACUGUGAUUGAGAGGUUUGAGAUUAAUCUUCAGGACAAGGAGAGGGUUCCUCAGAUCUUGUUUUGGUUUACUCUUGGAAUGAAAGGUGGUUUGCCUGUGACUAUUGAGGCUAGGAAAAGCUCGAUCUAAGCUUGGUGGAUCGGAGUGACCAAAUAAUAACCUAAAAUUUGGUAGUAGUGUUUUUAAUUAUUAUAUAUAAUUAUUGUGCUUUAUAUAUAUAUAUAUAUAUGUAUGUUUAGUUAUAACUCAACAUAUAUGUAUGUGGGUUUAUAUGUUUUCUCUGGGAUGAUAUCUGAUUGUUGUAUCAUUUGAUUGUAAUAAUCAAAUUGUUGUAUGAAUCAUAUGGAUGUAGAAUAAAUAAAUUUCAUUAGGAAAUAAAGAAUGUAUGAUUACCUAUGA